AUGGCAGAGAUAGCCAAUUAUAGAGUGGACAAUAACUUGGGUUGUGGUUUUAUGGGAGGGAUUUUCCAGCGCUGGAACCACUGGACAAGAAAAUCCCAUGUACAUUCACUGCCUUCUAGUGGUACUAAAACACGGCCACCAAGUUCCGAAAACCCGGAGAAGGCUCCAAGUCAGAGUUCCAGGAGGAGAAGAAGCAGCUCUGCAGAGCCUGCCAUUCCACAAAACUCAAACUCAGCUAAACCUCUUCCAAAGUCAGACCAAAAUCCCACCAGAAAUCUUCCCGCGGAUCAUCCUAGGACUUCGACUUCUCAGCGAAAAAUUCAAGGAGUUCGGAGACUUUCAGAUGCUGCAAGAAGCUCGACGUCAUCCUCCAAUGGCUCAGGCCAAAACCAUGACUCAGGAGAAGAGAGAAAGCUGAGAAGGGAAUCGACACCGAACUCUCUCGAGUUGAGCAGGAUUGUCGCCCAGCACGACAGCAAAGUUCUAGCAAAAGCUUCUUCUACUAGUGCUAUUGUUUUAGGACAUGUGGGAAACUUGAAGCAGUCAGGAAGCAGGAGUUCUCUGGCGAGCAAUAGUCCUAGUUCUGCGUCUGGAGCUAUUUUGGCCCUUUCUAGGAACCUUCAAGAGAUGAACUCCUUGCCCCGAAAGAAUGGUUUUGGAGGUGGGAAUAACACUAGUAUGGGAAACAUUGUGAGGAGGAAUAGUUGGAGUGAUCAUUUUCGGGGUGUUUCGAGUAAGUUAGACCCCGAAGCGUUGAAGAGGAUGGGAAAUGAGGCCUACAAGCAGGGCAGGUUCAAGGAGGCUUUGGAUUUUUAUGAUCGAGCAAUUGCUUUGAAUUCAAACAAGGCAGUCUAUCACAGCAACAAGAGUGCUGCUUUGAUUGGCUUAGACCGUCUUGUCGAAGCAGUUUUCGAAA